ACCACAGCCUAACUUCACCUUGCCGUCAACAAGUCAUCUUGCGUGCAGUCCGCUUCAAACUUCGUAGGCAGACUCGACUCGAUUCCUCGAACAUUUCGACGGGCAAAAGGGCUAUUCUAUCUUCCUACUCGUGGAGUAUGCUGGUCGCUUUUUUGCUAUUGUUGUGAGGAUCAAUUUUGCAAUGCCAGUAGGCGCAAAUGCCGGACUCUCCUCCGACCGGCGACUUUCAUCCCAACAACCAGGAUCAAGGCACGUUUCAUCGAUCUCCUUGGACACCAACAACAACUUCGGCUAAUGGCGACUCAGACGUUCGUGAUAGCAAAACCUCAUCCCCUCCUCGCCACCAAGAUCCUUCGAUCGAGCCUGAUGACAAUGACGGACCCCCAUCUAAGAGACGGAAGACUGCAGAACACAAAUCAUCUCCAAGACUCGUGUCGCCUCCGUGGAAACGCGUCGCUGCAGAAGGUCCGACAUCAUUCGUCGACGGCGGUCGAAGGAAGUCAGGUAGAACCAAUGUCGUGCCCCUCGAGUUGCAGCCGCAGUCGAACAAGCGGCACACACGCGCCGCGUUCGAUAAGGUGAAGGCCGAACGCGAAAACCAUGCAAAGCCUGUCUACAAUGUCUCGGCUCGAAAGCCAAAGGUCGAAAUUCUUGAGCCGACGCCCCCCGCUAAGCGCGGUCCUGGGCGUCCUCGCAAGAGUCAUGGAUCUGACAGGUCGCCUUCCAUUAAGCGUGAAGUGGGGCCUCAUAAGCCUACCAAGUCUGGGAGUGUUCAGAGACAACAUCGUUCAGCGGAGAAACCACGAAGCAAAGAAAUCGAAGACAUGAAGGCCAAGAUCGAGGAGCUUAAGAAACUGCGAGAUCGCCUCAAAUCAUCGACUGCACCUCCGUCGAAGUCUUCUCGCCGCAAUCGACAAUACUCGCCCGUCUUCAACGAAGUGGAAGACGAGUCGGAACCCUACACGAAUGGCGCGCUGGAAAGAGAGGACGAUGAUGCCUCGGUCAUGUCUACCGAAUCCACAAUGGCGGCCCCGGAUGUCCCUCUCACCUUUAAGAAAGUGACUUUUCGCGUCCGGCUACCAGACCCAACUGUUUCAACACCUUCAAAUAUCCCGCCGCCGAAGAAAUAUUCAUCAUUCGAAGAGUUCUUAGAGCGGGACGAGUUGGAGCCAAGGGCUGGUGAGGACAUUUUGAGUCCGCAACUGAUCAAAAAAGAGGCCGCUGUCAGGAACAGACUCUAUAAGGCGCUAAAGAGUGGAAAGGUCUUUGACAAGCAUCUUACCGACACAUUGCCGGACAGACAAGAUGAGCCAAAACGACAAUAUGCCCACUUUGAUCAUCUCCUGGCUCAUGUAUCUCGUUUUAGGUUUCUUCUCAGAAAGGAAACGCAGGACCAUAGGCGAAUGGCACAGGUAUUGGCUCACGAGGCUAAGAAGUACGUGGAGGAAAAGCAAAAGCGAGACAAGGUCAAGAGCCCGCAAGAGAUAGAGCAGGAGAAGCGGGCGGCUGCUAUUGCUUCUUAUCGCGCUGUUGUCAAAGAUUUCGAUAAGCUAUGGGCAGCAGUGAGGGCCGAGGUCGACCUCCUGCGCCAGAAACAAUACGAAGAAGAGCAGCAAGCCCAGAUGAAAGGUCACCUUGCACGAGUGCUGGAUCGCACCGAUCAAAUGUUGAGUCGAGCGGCCGAUCAGGAACAGUCUCUCAUCGAUAGCGAGACAGAUGUUUCCACCAAUGACUUGACCGAAAGCGAGUCUGAGGACAGCGAGCAAAUGUCAGAGAGCGAGACAGAUGCGGAUUCGGAACCCGAAACCGGGGAUGUUGAUGCAGAAAUGUCGGUCGAAGAACUGAAGCGCAAAUACGAGAGUCUGCCAGAUGUGUCCGUCGAUGAAGGUCCCUUUACUGAAGGUGAUGACGAGACAAAUCUGGAGCAGUCCGAAGAAGAUUCAGAUCCUGAAACGGAGAUGGAUAGCGAGUUUAAUACCGACGGGUCGGAUGCGGAAGAAGAAGACGAUGAUAAUGCCGGCGAAGGCAGCGAGGAAGAUGUGCGAGGUGGCCUCUUGUCAUUGUUUACGAAAAAGGAAAUCGCCGGCAUGGCGCCACAGUCUGAGGAUGGUGAGCCUGUCGAGGAAGACGCGAAGCCAAUUCUUUCUCCUUCAGGCGAAGAGCUGGAAGACCAUGAGAUGCAGGAUGGGGAAACCCACUCGCAGUUGCAGGAGUCACGGCAAGCCGAGGCUGGGAAAGAUGAGACUGGAGCGGGUCAUGCCAGCGAACAGCUUGAGAGUCCACAACCCGAUGCAUCCCUUACUGCACCUAUGUCCCGGACGGAUGACGAAGACUCAGUAAGCCAGGAGCCCAGCGCACACACUUCACCACAUACAACCGCUACCAAAGUAUCAGAACCAGAGUCUGUAUCAUCUAUCGAUGCAUCUGCUGAAACUGCAGUCAUACCUGCCACGCCUUCCGAAACAAAGCCAUCGAUCAAGACACCAGUCCCCAGCUUGCUGCGUGGUACUCUUCGGGAGUAUCAACAUGAAGGUCUUGACUGGCUAGCAGAUUUGUAUGCACAUGGGAGAAGUGGUAUACUAGCCGAUGAAAUGGGGCUUGGCAAGACUAUCCAGAGCAUUGCAUUACUAGCACAUCUCGCUGAGGUCUAUGAAGUUUGGGGUCCACAUCUCAUUGUUGUGCCCACCAGCGUCAUUCUCAAUUGGGAGAUGGAGUUCAAGAAGUUUCUACCUGGCUUCAAAAUUCUCACAUACUACGGCAAUCUCGAGGAAAGAAAACAGAAGAGAAGAGGCUGGCUGGCUGAUGAUAGUUUCAACGUCUGUAUCACUUCUUACCAGCUUGUCCUGCAGGACGCCAACUCCUUCAAGAGGAGAAGGUGGCAUUACAUGAUCCUGGAUGAAGCCCACAACAUCAAGAACUUCCGAUCCGAAAGAUGGCAGACGAUGAUGACUUUCAACACGAGGGCUCGACUUCUGCUAACAGGAACCCCUCUUCAGAACAACCUGACGGAACUGUGGUCGUUGUUGUUUUUCCUCCAUUAUGGACAGGAAAACCAGGGCGAGGAUGACGCAUUUGCCGGACUCAAAGAGUGGUCUGAAUGGUUCAAGAGGCCUGUGGAGUCGAUUCUGGAGCAUGGCCGCCAGGUGCUCGAUGAAGAAGACAGAGAACAGGUUGCAAAGUUACACAAAGUCAUUCGGCCGUUCCUUCUUCGAAGACUCAAGGCCGAUGUCGAGAAGCAGAUGCCGGCCAAGUACGAACACGUCGAGCUGUGCCGUUUAUCCAAACGCCAGCGGCAAUUGUACGAUGGCUUCAUGUCGAGAGCGCAGACAAAAGAGACCCUAGCCUCUGGUAAUUAUCUGUCCAUCAUCAACGCGCUGAUGCAGCUUCGAAAAGUCUGCAACCACCCAGACCUCUUCGAGACACGACCCAUCACCACCUCAUUCGCAAUGUCACGAUCCGCUGCAGCCAACUUCGAGAUCAAAGAUCUUCUUGUACGUCGGAAGCUGGUACAGGAUGCUUCAAACGAUCUAGAUCUCGAUUUCUUGCGGCUGGCCCCGAUAUCCAACGAGAACAUGUCCAUGCUAGAAGUCAUGCAAACUGCUGGACGCCACGCAUCUCACCUUCUGAAGGCAUUGCGAGAGUCGCAAUAUCGAAGGACUUCUCAGGAUUCCAGAUGGCAUGGCGAAACCCGUGCUGGAGUUCUUGGCUCAUUGGAGAACGUGGGAAGGAAGGCAAGAAUUCAAGAGCUUGAUCGGACGAUUUAUUACGAAGCAUACCGUCAUCAUGAGCAUCCAGUGUAUGGCCAGGGCUUGAUUGAACGGUUGACUGUCAACACAACCAAUGCUUUGCUGUCUAGGAUUUCUCCUCUCAAAGUCAUGAGUAAGAGGUGGGAUAAGCAGAUGCCGGUGGAGUCAUUUGAUUUCGUGCAAUCGAUUGAGUCAAGGUCAGCACAGAUGGAACCUUUCGUCGAACAAUUUGCCUGUGUCACUCCCGCUGUGGUUGCUACAGAUCUGAACAUGAGUGCCGUGACCGAAGCUGGCGCUAUCGCGAUCAGAGCAGAUCCGUCAACAUGGCGACGCGAUCCCUUCCACCAAGCCAGGAUGAAGCUAUCCAUAGCUUUCCCCGACAAACGACUACUGCAGUAUGAUUGUGGCAAGUUACAACGAUUGGACAAGUUACUGCGCCGACUACAAGCUGGAGGUCAUCGAGCACUUAUAUUCACUCAAAUGACCAAAGUUCUGGACAUUUUGGAGCAGUUCCUGAACAUUCAUGGACAUCGAUACCUCCGACUGGAUGGUGCGACCAAAAUCGAGCAGCGACAAAUUCUGACGGAUCGAUUCAACAACGAUCCUCGCAUCUUGGCCUUCAUCCUCUCAUCACGAUCCGGUGGCUUGGGUAUCAACUUGACAGGAGCAGACACAGUCAUCUUCUACGACCUCGAUUGGAAUCCUGCGAUGGACAGACAAUGCACGGACCGGGCGCAUCGUAUCGGACAGACACGCGACGUCCAUAUCUAUCGGUUCGUGUCUGAGCAUACGAUCGAAUCGAACAUUCUCCGAAAAGCCAGUCAGAAGCAGAUGCUGGACGAUGUUGUGAUCCAGGAAGGUGACUUCACGACGGAUUACAUGAACAAGCUCAAUUACCGGGAUAUGCUUGAGGAUGCUGGCGAAGACGACGCGGCUGGACUUGCGAUGGAUAGAGUACUUGGGAAUGACAAGACGAACAUUGCCGUCUUGGAACAGGCAGAAGAUCAGGAAGAUCAUGCCGCCGCCAAGGUCGCCGUCCGAGAAGUCCAACAUGCCGAUGAUGGUGAUUUUGAGGACAAAACAGCCUCGGCGACUCCGAGGACGAAUGAGGCCCAGACACCUGGUCCGUUUGCUGCGACCGAGACGGCAUUAGCGGAGACACAGAAGGACGCUGACGCGUUCCAUGACAUUGACGAAUACAUGGUCAAGCUGCAGUCGUGGUUGAUGAAAGACGUCCCACUCGGGCCUGGAAAAGAGAGACGGAAAAAAGGAAAACGACGUGAUGAGCAUCGAGUCAGGAGAGCAAGGUAAAUGGCAUGCAGGGUCCGCCUUGCGAUGAUGGAGGGACUUUUAUCACCUUUUAGCUCCUGUUUCGGAGUAUGUAUUUUGGUACCUGUAAAAAUAGCAUCACCAAGUUAGGCUUGGACCAUGGCACAGAAAGCGUGGCAGUCGAAAACUUGGAAGACCGCACCAGAGAGAGAGUUGGUCUGACUAGACCAGUGUGUACAAGAAUAUAAAGAAGAUAAGAUGAAUCAAC